AGCACGGAGCCGGAGCAGGGAGCCGGGCGCAGUGCAGGCUCGAGGCGCCGCGCCGACGAGGCUCCGGCUCUGGCUUGCCGCCCGCUCCCGCCACUCGGCUCCGCUCCGGACCCCCGCCGCCGCGCCGCGGGCCAUGGACCUGCCCAGGGGCCUCGUGGUGGCCUGGGCGCUCAGCCUGUGGCCAGGCUUCACGGACACCUUCAACGUGGACACCAGGAAGCCCCGGGUCAUCCCUGGCUCCAGGACCGCCUUCUUUGGCUACACGGUGCAGCAGCACGAGAUCAAUGGCAAGAAGUGGCUGGUCGUGGGUGCCCCGCUGGAAAUCAAUGGCCACCAGAAGACAGGAGACGUGUACAAGUGUCCGGUGAUGGAUGGAAACUGCACCAAACUCAACCUGGGAAGGGUCACCCUGUCCAAUGUGUCAGAGCGGAAGGACAACAUGCGUCUUGGGCUGAGCCUUGCCACCAACCCCAAGGACAACAGCUUCCUGGCCUGCAGCCCCCUCUGGUCGCACGAGUGUGGGAGCUCCUACUACACCACAGGAAUGUGCUCCAGAGUCAACUCCAACUUCAGGUUCUCUAAGACCGUGGCCCCAGCUCUUCAAAGGUGUCAAACCUACAUGGACAUCAUCAUUGUCCUGGAUGGCUCCAACAGCAUCUACCCAUGGGUGGAAGUUCAGCACUUCCUCAUCAAUAUCCUGAAGAAGUUUUACAUCGGCCCAGGCCAGAUCCAGGUUGGAGUCGUUCAGUACGGGGAAGAUGUGGUGCAUGAGUUUCACCUCAACGACUACAGGUCUGUAAAAGAUGUGGUGGAAGCUGCCAGCCACAUUGAGCAGAGAGGAGGCACAGAGACCCGGACAGCAUUUGGCAUUGAAUUUGCUCGCUCAGAGGCUUUCCAGAAGGGUGGAAGAAAAGGGGCCAAGAAGGUGAUGAUUGUCAUCACAGAUGGGGAGUCCCAUGACAGCCCCGACCUGGAGAAAGUGAUCCAGCAGAGCGAGCGGGACAAUGUGACCAGAUAUGCCGUGGCUGUCCUGGGCUACUAUAACCGCAGGGGGAUCAAUCCAGAAACUUUUUUAAACGAAAUCAAAUACAUCGCCAGCGACCCCGAUGACAAGCACUUCUUCAAUGUCACUGAUGAGGCGGCCCUGAAGGACAUUGUCGAUGCCCUGGGGGACAGGAUCUUCAGCCUGGAAGGCACCAACAAGAAUGAAACCUCCUUUGGGCUGGAGAUGUCACAGACAGGCUUCUCCUCGCACGUGGUGGAGGACGGGAUUCUGCUGGGAGCUGUUGGUGCCUAUGACUGGAACGGAGCUGUGCUGAAGGAAACAAGCGGCGGGAAGGUCAUUCCUUACCGCGAGUCCUACCUGAAGGAGUUUCCCGAGGAGCUCAAGAACCAUGGUGCAUACCUGGGGUACACAGUCACAUCGGUCGUGUCCUCCAGGCAGGGGCGGGUGUACGUGGCUGGAGCCCCCCGGUUCAACCACACUGGAAAAGUCAUCCUGUUCACCAUGCACAAUAACAGGAGUCUCACCAUCCACCAGGCUCUGCCGGGCGAGCAGAUAGGCUCUUACUUUGGGAGUGAGAUCACCUCAAUGGACAUCGAUGGCGACAGUGUGACUGACGUCCUGCUGGUGGGUGCACCCAUGUACUUCAGCGAGGGCCGUGAGCGAGGCAAGGUGUACGUCUAUCACCUGAGACAGAAUCGGUGUGUUUAUAAUGGAACGCUGGAGGAUUCCCACAGUUACCAGAAUGCCCGAUUUGGGGCCUCCAUCGCCUCAGUUCAAGACCUCAAUCAAGAUUCCUACAAUGACGUGGUGGUGGGAGCCCCUCUGGAGGACAACCACAGAGGAGUCAUCUACCUCUUCCAUGGCUUCCGAGGCAGCAUUCUGAAGAAGCCCAAGCAGAGAAUCGCAGCAUCAGAGCUGGCUCCAGGCCUCCAGUAUUUUGGCUGCAGCAUCCACGGGCAAUUGGACCUCAAUGAGGAUGGGCUUGUCGACCUGGCAGUGGGUGCCCUGGGCAACGCUGUGAUUCUGUGGUCCCGCCCAGUGGUUCGGAUCAAUGCCAGCCUCCACUUCGAGCCCUCCAAGAUCAACAUCUUCCACCGGGACUGCAGGCGCAGUGGCAGGGACGCCACCUGCCUGGCCGCCUUCCUCUGCUUCACGCCCAUCUUCCUCGCACCCCAUUUCCAAACGGCAACUGUUGGCAUCAGAUACAACGCCACCAUGGAUGAGAGGCGGUAUACACCGAGGGCCCACCUGGACGAGGGCGGGGACCGAUUUACCAACAGAGCAGUUCUGCUGUCCUCCAGCCAGGAGCACUGUGAGCGGAUCAACUUCCACGUCCUGGAUACUGCUGACUACGUGAAGCCAGUGACCUUCUCAGUUGAAUAUUCCCUGGAGGACCCUGACCACGGCCCCAUACUGGAUGACGGCUGGCCCACUACCCUCAGAGUCUCGGUACCCUUCUGGAACGGCUGCAAUGAGGACGAGCACUGUGUCCCUGACCUCGUGCUGGAUGCCCGGAGUGACCUGCCCACAGCCAUGGAGUAUUGCCAGAGGGUGCUGAGGAGGCCUGUGCAAGACUGCUCCGCAUACACGCUGUCCUUUGACACCACCGUGUUCAUCAUAGAGAGUAUGCGUCGGCGGGUGGCAGUGGAGGCCAUGCUGGAGAACAGGGGCGAGAAUGCCUACAGCACAGUCCUAAAUAUCUCACAGUCAGCAAACCUGCAGUUUGCCAGCUUGAUCCAGAAGGAGGACUCAGACGGCAGCAUCGAGUGUGUGAACGAGGAGCGGAGACUCCACAGGAAAGUCUGCAACGUCAGCUACCCCUUCUUUCGGGCCAAGGCCAAGGUGGCUUUCCGUCUAGACUUUGAGUUCAGCAAGUCCGUCUUCCUGCACCACCUGGAGAUCCAGCUCGCUGCAGGCAGUGACAGUGACGAGCAGGACAGCACCAAGGAAGACAACACAGCCCUCCUACGCUUCCACCUCAAAUACGAGGCUGAUGUCCUCUUCACCAGGAGCAGCAGCCUGAGCCACUACGAGGUCAAGUCCAACAGCUCAUUGGACAAAUAUGAUGGCCUUGGGCCUCCCUUCAAGUGCAUUUUCAAGAUCCAGAAUUUGGGCUUGUUCCCCAUCCAUGGGAUGAUGAUGAAGAUCACAGUUCCCAUCGCCACCAGGGGCGGCAACCGCCUGCUGAUACUGAGGGACUUCCUCACUGACCAGGUGAACACGUCCUGUAACAUCUGGGGAAACAGCACUGAGUACCGGCCCACCCCAACGGAGGAGGACUUGAGUCAUGCCCCACAACUGAAUCACAGCAACUCUGAUGUAGUUUCCAUCAGCUGUAACCUGAGGCUGGCCCCCAACCAGGAAAUCAAUUUCCAUCUGCUGGGGAACUUGUGGUUGAGGUCCCUAAAAGCACUCAAGUUCAAGUCCAUGAAAAUUAUGGUCCACGCAGCCUUGCAGAGGCAGUUCCACAGUCCCUUCAUCUUCCGGGAGGAGGAUCCCAGCCGCCUGAUCAUGUUUGAGGUCUCCAAGCAGGAAGACUCGCAGAUCCCCAUCUGGAUCAUCGUGGGCAGCACACUGGGAGGCCUCCUGCUGCUGGCCCUGCUGGUCCUGGCACUGUGGAAGCUCGGCUUCUUUAAAAGUGCCAGGCGCAGAAGGGAGCCUGGCCUGGACCACACCCCCACAGUGCUGGAGUGAGGCUCCAGAGGAGGCUUCGAGUUGAUGAGGGCCAGGAUACCAGUCCUGGUGGUGAGCAGGCCCAGGCCCAGGCCCAGGCCCCAUGGAGCUGGAGCAGAGAGAACGCCAGCCGGCUUUGCACUUGACCUCAUCUCCUGAGCAGUGGCACCUGCUCCUUCUAGAAUGGAACUCAAGUCGGCUUGAAGAGGAACCGCCCUACUGGGAGGCUGGGACACCACCAACACAGAUCCUUAGGGACUUAAAGGGAUCUCCCUCCCCAGGCCCAUUCCAAGACCUCUCCUGGGCUCUGUGGAGGGCAUUUGUUGCCCAACCACUAAGGUGCUAGGAAUGCCUAAUCAUCCCCAUCCUCCAAAGAAACCCAGAGAGGAGGACUGUGUAUACAAACCCACUCUGUACACACUGCAGGCCUCUAGUUCCAAAAGGACCCAGGAGACAGCAGAUCUGAAUGCUGCCAUGUCCUCCCCCACCCACCCUGCCAUUGGUUCCCAAGUCACAUCCCCCGCCCUUGCCCAUAGAUAGGCCCAGGGGCUCCGCA